AUGUCUGCUACUGUAACCGAAGUUAAAACAACGGACAAAUUAGUUCAUAAUUUUUCAAAUUGGCCUAAAACCCCUGUGACAAUGCAGCGUCAAGAACUAAAAGAAAAAAUGGAUUCCGGACAUAAGACGAUAAUUGAUCUUGAUGAAAUUAUUAAGGAUUGGGCUUGGAAAAUGUUCGAUCUGUCAAAACGUCGUGAAGAUUCCAAAUAUCGUCGUGAAGAAUUAGAUGUUGAAAUUAAUUGGAAACGUGUAAAUUUCUGGCAAUCCGAAGCAACGUUUAAUCGUUCACACCAAUUACGUAUACCUAAAUCACAAAUAUUAUUUAAAACACAUUUUUCAAAUAAUACCGAUCGUGAACAAGAAUAUUCAUUGAGAGCAGAACGAUCAACAGUGACAACAUUCAAUUUUACAUUUAUGAAAGGAUUUACAAAAGAAAAAGAAGGCUCCAUUACAUUCAAACUACCUAAUGAGAUCGUCCAAGUUGGUGGUGGUAUUAGACAUGAACAACGAGUUGAUUAUGGACAAGAUUCAACAAUUGAAACUGUUAUGACAUGGUCGGCUGAUUCUAAUAUUCGCGUAGCACCACAUUCAAGAGCAAAUGCUGAAUUAGUCAUUACUGAAGAAGAAUAUUCCGCCGAUUUUCAAGUAGAAGUACGAUUUUCUGGACGUAUAUCAGCAGCGAUUUGUAGACGAGAUAAUCAUGCGUAUGUUAAAUUUAUCGAUGGUGAUAUAGCCAGAAUAUUUCAAGAAGGAAUGAAAACCGGUAGUUCUAGUCAAUUUGAAAUAUUUGAAAAUUCAACAGUAAGAACAAUUAUGUCGGGUAAAUGUGCGUUUCGUUUUGGCGUUGAACAACAUGUGACUGUUGAACAAGAUCGUUUAACAUCCAGUGCAGAACAACCACCAAGAUAUCAUGCUAUUAUUCCUAAUUCACAUUAG